AUGCUUCCUCCGCCGCCCCCUCCCACGCCGGAGUGCAAGGCAUUCUGUGAGGACAAGACGCACGCCUGGGAUACCAAGUGCACCUGGGGGGGUUGCAACGGCUGCUCCGAGUGCUCCUCCCCUGCGCCGGAGUGCAAGCCGUUUUGUGAGGACAAGACGCACGCCUGGGAUACCAAGUGCACCUGGGGGGGCUGCAACGGCUGCUCCGAGUGCUCCUCCCCUGCGCCGGAGUGCAAGCCGUUUUGUGAGGACAAGACACACGCCUGGGAUACCAAGUGCUCCUGGGGGGGCUGCAACGGCUGCUCCGAGUGCUCCUCCCCUGCGCCGGAGUGCAAGCCGUUUUGUGAGGACAAGACGCACGCCUGGGAUACCAAGUGCACCUGGGGGGGCUGCAACGGCUGCUCCGAGUGCUCCUCCCCUGCGCCGGAGUGCAAGCCGUUUUGUGAGGACAAGACGCACGCCUGGGAUACCAAGUGCACCUGGAACGGCUGCUCUGGCUGCUCCGAGUGCGGCCCCGAGCCUGAGUGCGAGCCAUUCUGCGAGACCAAGACGCAACCAUGGUCGGAAAAGUGCUCAUGGAACGGCUGCUCGGCCUGCGGGGACGUGUGCAAUGCGUGCAAGCCCUACUGUGCGGUCAAGACGGACCCGUGGGAUUUGCGCUGCACCUGGAACGGCUGCUCUGGCUGCACCGACAUCGAGGAGGAAGCGGGGGUAAACGGCUCUGCGACCAUAAAUGGCACUGCGACCGUCAUCGUAACAGGGAGAUUCUACGCGGUGCAGUUUACGGGCGACGUUGUCGAGGAGGGCGACCGCGUCGCGUGGGUGAGCCUGGAGUAUGCAGCCGAGCACAAGGGCAAGGAGUGCGAUGAAGCCUUCAACACCUCGGCCUUCUCAAUCACGAACAGCUUUGGCAACUCGGUCGAUGGCACGUGGGACGGCACCAUCCAGGAUCAUGGAGGCCUUGUCGAGAAGAGGGAGGAGCCUCCCGGGUCAGGAAACUUCGUGCUCCUCAGUGACUUGGUUUUGAUCAACUCGGGCCCGGACACUCCUGACGCGCUGGAGAUCCCCCUUGCGGAACACGAGCCUGCAGGGACAUAUCAGCUCUGCCGCUUGCCGUCCAACCCGAGCAGCGAGACGAAACGACGUCGUAAGCUGCAGUCGGACCAGCAAGGGAUCUUCUACCCAGACGUCGUUGCGGUGCCGCCUGCACGCAUCGACACGUCGCACAACGGCGGCACCGGCUGCGUCCGCUGCAACUUGUGGUGCCGAGCGUCGCAUGCGAAAGCCAGCGAGAAGAUCGGCAUCGUCGGCCUCAACAGGAAAUCUGCCGACGACUCAGCUGCGGUGCCCGACUACAUCGUGGCGGCCGAGAAGCUCGCUGAGAAUAUCCAGAGCGAACACGCUCGCUGCAUCGAGGCGGUGUUGGCUGCGCAGUCAGCUGUGGAGCAGCCGUCUGCUGCCGGCUCUUCUACUGGCGUCGAUCCGACUAUCCUCGAGGCCAUGAUGAUGCAGCUCGAGUCGGCCAAGGCGCGCGCAAAGGAAGCGAACGCGGCCGCGCUUAUCGCGCAGCGGGCGCACGAGGCUGCAGAGGAGGAGGUGGAGAGGCUGCGCAGCGUGCUCGAGCCGAAGAGGCAGCGCACGGAGGCGACCGUCGACGAGGAUGGGCCAGUGCAUGGGCGGGCCGGGAGCAUGGCGCGGGCGAGUGGGACCUCGCCGACCACCGGCGCGAGAUGA